GAUAGCCCACUGGUCUUACAGUCUGACAGAAAUGUAACAAUGAAUGCAAGAAAUCACAUGGGACAGUUAACUGGACAACUGACAGUAGGAGCUGAUGCUGUGGAGGCCCAGUGUAAGAGAUUUGAAGUGAGGGCAAGUGAGGGUGGAAAAGUACUGUUUUCUGCAGAUGAAGAUGAGAUUGUCAUUGGAGCUGACAGACUGAAAGUAACAGGCACAGAAGGGGCAGUGUUUGGGCACUCUGUGGAGACACCCCACAUCAGAGCAGAACCUUCCCAAGAUCUCAAACUUGAAUCUCCUACUAGAUCUUUGGUGAUGGAAGCACCCAGGGGGGUACAAGUCAAUGCAGCUGCAGGAGAAUUAAAGGCUACCUGUAGGAAAGAACUGCACUUACAGUCCACAGAAGGGGAG